AUGGGAGACAAAGCUCUACCUCAUCCUCAACAUGGAAUGCUGAAUGAUAUUGUGCAAAAUUUUAAAGAUAAGAUUGCGGCAUUAACCAAUCAAUUGCAACCUAUGAUGAAGGCAAUGGCACAACAACGACGACAAGAAGAGACCACUCGCCAACAAGAAGAAACUGCUCGUCAAAUAAACCAACGUGCCCAAGUUAGGGAUCCAUUGGUAAAUCCUGGACCUAACCUUGUUGCACGUGGGAACAUCCAUGGCGGACGUGGCAAUGCCGGGCGUGGUCAAGGAGGUGGACGUGGUAAUGAGGGACAAGAUGGUGACCGAGAAGAAGAAGGUCAAGGAGAGCAAGAAGAAAUUCCAAGGGAACAAAAUGAUGAUGAUGGUAUGGAGCAUGAAGAAGAAUUUAGGCAUGAUCGACAAAGGCAGCCUAGAUUUGAUGAUGACAUGAACACUAUCAAGUAG